ACCUCUGAUUUUACUUGUCUGUUCUCCAGAACAGGCACAAGGACUUAUCGUGGAUGGUGGCUCAUGAGAUCCUCCCGGUCAGGGCGGUUAUGCACUCCAGAGGCAUGGCCAAAAACCCCAUCUGCCCGCGGUCCGGCUGCAAUUCCCCGGAGACCGUCCACCACCUGCUCUGGGAGUGCAGCACUGCACAAGGACUUAUCGUGGAUGGUGGCUCAUGAGAUCCUCCCGGUCAGGGCGGUUAUGCACUCCAGAGGCAUGGCCAAAAACCCCAUCUGCCCGCGGUCCGGCUGCAAUUCCCCGGAGACCGUCCACCACCUGCUCUGGGAGUGCAGCACUGCGCGGGACCUGUGGGCCAAGACCGGCCCCCUGUAUUUCCCGUGCCUACCAGCGGGUGGGGCCCAGUUCGGGUACCAGCUCGCCAUCCUUGGGGUGGGCCGGGGCUUGAAGGACUUGACGGCACAGAAAUUUACCUCGCUCUGGCUCACCCUCAACGUCAUCAAGGAUGCCAUCUGGGCCACCAGAAACCUGCUGGUGGGGAAGCGCGUUACAGUAACCCUCCAUGCAUGCGAGCUAAAGGUAACAUCAAUGCUGCAGGGGUACCGGACGACGAUAUUCGGACGGGGGGGCCGGGGUCGCACGGAGAGUGUCCCGGCAGGCACCGACCCUGGCCGCCCGUAGAUGCACCCUCACCACUCUGGCUACGGGAA